UAUUUUUUUUGGGGGGAAAAAAAAACAACUCCAAUUUAAAAUAAUGCAGCAGUUGUGAGAAAUCAUCUUCGCAGGCCGUGUCGGACCCCCUGAUGGCCCCCUUAUGGCCCACGGGCCGUAUGUUUGACACCGGGCUGCAAAAUGAGAGUGAGGCCGGGCUCUCUGUCUUUGUCUCGCUCUCUCGUGCGCGCAGGUGGUCAACUGGUGAUGACACGGCGAGGGCUCGAGGGAGGGGCUGUGUCGCCAUGGCAACGUGCGAAGAAGACGACAAGAAGAGGAAGGUGCGAACGUCUUUAAGCCCGUGAGCGCUUGCACGUCUUCUUUUGUUGUUUGUUUGACUUUUGGAUUAUUUGCCGCCCUCUUGGGACUCUUGCCAUGGGGCCGAGUUUGCCAUAUGGAGUCGUCGCGGGCCGUGUGCAGUGAUGCAGGUGAGCGUUGGCCGAUGACGAGGAGUACGACGGUGACGAGGGCGAGGGUUCCUGCGGCGGCCAUGACGCAGACGGGCGGAUACAACGGCAGCUCGCCGCUGUGCAGCAUCGACGAGUCGUACAAGUACAUCUUCCUGCCCACCUGUUACUCGUUCACGUUCGUCUUCAGCCUAUCCCUCAACGCCGUGGUCCUGUUGCGCUCCUUCCGCCGCACCAAGCGCUGGAACGCGUCGCUCAUCUACAUGGUCAACCUGGCCUCCACCGACUUCAUGUACGGUCUCUCGCUGCCCUUCCUGGUGGCCAGCUACGUCAUGCGCGACCGCUGGGUCUUCGGGGACUUCAUGUGCCGCCUGGUGCGCUUCCUCUUCUACUUCAACCUCUACUGCUCCAUCUUCUUCCUCACCUGCAUCUCGGUGCACCGCUACCUGGGAAUCUGCCACCCCAUGCGGGUCAUCGCCCUGGAGACCAAGAAAGCCGUGAAGUGCACAUGUGUGCUGGUGUGGGCGGUGGUCUUCGCCCUCACCUGCCCCAUCUUCCGCUUCGCCCGCACGGCCCGCGCCGCCGGAGGCGUCGACAACUGUUGGGACGACGCCAUCGACAGAGAUUUCUCCGACUACGUGCCGUACGGGGUGGUCCUGCACAUGCUGGGCUUCUUCGUGCCCUUCUCCGUCAUCGCCUGGUGCUACUCACGAGUGGUGCUCACCAUCUUCAAGACUCUGCCUUCUCGCCCUCGCGACGGAAGGGAGUGCGCCGCCGGCGUCUCCGUCUUCCUGGGCGCCGAUUCAACGUACGCCGGCCGCAGGCGCAAGUCCAUCCGCACCAUCGUCACCAUCACCCUACUCUUCGCUCUGUGCUUCUUCCCCUUCCAUGUAACCCGCACCGUCUUCCUGCUGCUCAAGGUGAGCAAGGGAGUCCAUUGCCAAACCAUGACCACCGUGUCGAUGUGCUACAAGAUCACGCGGCCCUUAGCGUCCUUCAACGCCUGGCUCAAUGCCCUCCUCUAUUUCCUCACCAAAGACAAGGGCGGAUGCUGCCCGCCGCCGGCCCCCGCCACCACCGGGCCACUGUUGCCUCUGAGGAUGCUGGCGAAAGGAGAUGAGCACGUCCACCGGCAUGGCAAAAGUCCUUUACUGACCUAAUGGAAAGAAGAAGUCGUCUUCUUUUGAAAUCCCGCUAACAGACUUGAUUUGAUUCAUAUUAAUCAUGUUCUAAUCAUCGAGAAAGAAUGGCUUCGGUGAAAUGGUUGAGUGACACACGAGAAUUAAAUAAAUGAUCAGAAUAUGCAGCAAUGACCAUAUUUUUUUUUUUAUAUAUAAACCUGACCUGUGUCUGGUGGAUGCAAUGAGUGAAGUUCGUUCUUUGGUGUUUUUAUUUCAUACGGGGAUCCUAGAAUGAAACGCGCUGCUAACAGUGUUUUCAGUGGGGGUGGUGGGGUGUCAGCAACAGUGGCAGCGUAAAAUGGCUGCCCUGGUUGUGUCGUCAGCGCUUUACACUGUAUCUGGCGACCUCUCGUGGAAGAUUGGUGGACUUGCAAGGAGAGGUGGCAGUCAGUCUUCACUUGUUUGUGGGAUUUGGACAAAUACAAUAGUCAUCAUUUUAAUCCUGCUUUUAAGUAUGAGUUGACUUGUUCGUUCAGGGGGAAACUGAAAAUUACGUGCCUGUCAUAUACGGGCCCCUAUAGCAGAGGGAGACACCGAGGCGCCAAAGUCAAACGUCAACUUAGCACCGCAUCGAUUCGACUGUCAUGCACCCCACCGCGAACUCGAAUAAGAUAAAACGCCCAGAUGAAUAUUACACAAAAAUGAAUAUAAAUUAAUCUAGCGUUUUUAAUUCCAAAGGGACGUUGUGUGUUUUUGUGGCCAUAUUUUGCCAAAGGUGGAGAGUCUUUACAUGCCCGUGACAGGUUGUUUUUUUUAUUUUGGUGGUGGGCUGGGGGUGGGGGCAAGUGACGAAUAAAGAACCAAACAUGGCGCCAUUUUCAAAUGGGUCACCGACGCACAAUCCCAAACUUCCGUCUUCUAUUUCGCCUCUUUUUCUUCUUUCACCCACCGGGGGACACGCCGCCAAGGUAAGAUACGUGUCCGGUCUUAUUUAACCUCUC